UGGUGACAAUGGAAAGGUCAAAGGAAAUGGCUAAGCUAAGCUGACUGUGAGCUUAAAAUGGAAGUGAAGAAACUGGACGAAACAAGUCCAUGAUGGUGUCAACUUUAAGGGCCUUUGCCCCUACUUUCAAUCGCUACCCGUCUCGCGCCUUUUCAAUCAAAACCCAGAUGGGUUCCAUCACCAGAAACCCCGACGCCCACUCCUCCACCUCUAAACCAACAGAAACUCCGAUCACCUUGCGGGAGUGGCAGGGUUGGGGCUCCACCUCUCCCGUUCCCACCAUGGUUACGGAAAUUAUAGACGAAUUGAAGGUCUUGGAGAAAAAUGUUGAUGCCCAAAUGAGUUUUGGUGGUAAUGGCGGCAAACUUCAGGGAUAUUUCAAAACUCAGGAGGACAAAAAACACCGAGCUACAUAUAAGGCUCUAGGUAGUUCUGAGCAGAAACUGCAAUUCUUUUCUGCUCGACAAAUUGCAUGUCGUUUACUUGGGAGCCGGGAUUAUCUUUGUCAAAAGUGCUGGCUGCCUGUUGAGGAUUGUAUGUGUUCAAGAGUCAAGCAUUAUUCUCUAUGGGAUGGAGCACGGUUUUGGCUAUAUAUGCAUCCAAAGGAUUUUCUGCGGCAGAACAACACAGGGAAGUUGCUAUUGCAAGUAUUUGGUGUAGAAGCCACAACUUUGUCCCUCUACGGUAUCGCUGAACAUGAAGAAAUUAUGUGGAAUGCAUUCAAGUUGGCAGGUAAAAGCAAAGUUUGUUGCCUUUAUCCCAACAAGAAUGCAACUUCUAAAGGUAUUCAGGAGGCCUUUGGCUCUGAACUCUCAACUAAGCAAGAAAACACACAGCAACUGACUGAUGGAGAUGGAAUUCUGAAUUUUAUUUUGAUUGACGGUACUUGGAGCAACUCUGCUGCAAUGUUCAACCGACUUAAGGAGCAAGCUAUACUGGUUUGGGGGGAGGACAUUCCAUGCAUAUCAUUGUCUACGGGGUCCUCUGCAAUGCAUAAACUCAGGCCUCAACCAUCAUGGGACCGUACCUGCACUGCUGCAGCGGCAGCUAGCCUACUCUCUGAGCUUCAAAUUGUUCCAAAGUUCAGCUCUGUUGAUUUCGGAAAACAGGGUGAAGCACUGGAAGAUGCUCUGGAAGUAUUGUUAGAAGCUCUCACUGCUCGACGUAUUCGGAUGGGGCGGUCCAUCACCCGUAAAGUAAGACAUGCAAGCAGUUUUUGCUAAUCGAAAACGAUGUUACUUGAAACACUUGAGGUGCAUGAAAUUCUUUUAUACUUUUAUAGGUAGAUCUAUCCUAACAUGAUUGCCUUACGAAGCGGCUUGAUUUAAAUCUUUUCAUUACACUUUUAGGAUAUCAAAACAUUAACCUUGUAAUUUAUCAUUUGAUCAUGCAUUAAUUUACAUUUGAAAUUUGAAGAUAGUUGUCU